CACAAAACCAAAACAGAGGAGAAGAUUUCUAUGAUGAUUAGUGUUGUAGCGCACAGAUUCCGAUUGGUUCCCCAAACGUUGUCGCCUUUCUCUUCUCCUUCUCCAUCACCCACUACCACAAGGCCUCCAAGGCUUCUAUUCUCCGCUUCUUCCUCGUCCUCACCAUCUCCGAUGGACGCCCAAAUUGGACAGCCGAGAUUCAUGGAAUUCCCGCAUCUAUCGGUUGUUCAUCGGAAUCUAAUGGUGGAGAUUAUCUCGACCAUGGAGGGCAGGCUUGGCUCCCAACUCCGGCCUCCCACACUCCCACCGGACGUCCAAUUCUUCCAGAACGAGAGUGGAACUUCCCAAGGUUCCCUUUACAUCAGAACCGGCGACAAGUUUUCUUCGGUUGAUCUUCUACUGGGGAGUUGGCUGCACUGUGAAUUGCCAUCAGGAGGAGCCUUGGACAUAACCACUCUUGUAACCUACCUCAACCUUUCCACAGAUGCACCACACUUCCUUUUGGAGUUCAUACAAAGCAGUCCCACAUCUCUACUCCUCUUACUUGAUCUACUGCCUAGGAAGGACCUUGUGCUUCACCAGGACUACCUUAACACAUUCUACAGUGAUACCCAGUUGGAAAGAUUUCGGAAAGAAUUAGAGAAACUCCCAGAGGUCCAGCCCUACUUCCUUUCCUCUCUUUAUCUUCGUCCCAUCUUUUCUCCCACAGCCAAUUUGAUUCGUAUAGAUUGUAGUCGCAAAGAGGAGGGGGAGGCAGCAGGACAGGGCAGCAUGGAUGAGAUCAUACAUGAUCAUAUUGGUCCCAUUGCUAAGGAAGUCUUAGGAAUCUGGUUGGAUCAGUGUGCUUGUAGAGUAGGGGGUAGAGAGGUUGGUGAGUCCGAGCAAGCCCUCUUGGGAAAGAGAGACCAUCUAAUUAAAGACACUGCAGUGAAAAUCGAUCUCGUCUCCAACUUGCCAAGGUUGUUUGGUCCCGAUGUGGCAAGCAGAGUCAUUAGUGCCAUACAAGAAUUUUUUGAUGUAUAAUAGUUAUGAUUUAAAGAAACUACAAUAAUGUAAAGGAGCAGGUAGUAUAUGACUGUCAUUUUCAUCAUUAAUAUGUAUAGAGAUUGUUGGAUCUUGUAUGUAGUAAGUAGUAGAUAAGAGGAGUUUGUAUCUUGAUUAGGUAGCCCCAGUUGUAUUGAUUUCAGAAAUGAAUUGGAGCUCAAUCCUUUCGAGCCUAGAAGUUGAUGGUC